GCCACGGGAAUGAUGCUUCGGGUUCUGGUGGGGGCUGUCCUCCCCACCAUGCUGCUGGCUGCCCCGCCACCUAUCAACAAGCUGGCCCUGUUUCCAGAUAAGAGCGCAUGGUGCGAGGCCAAGAACAUCACCCAGAUCGUUGGCCACAGCGGCUGUGAGUCCAAGUCCAUCCAGAACAGGGCAUGCCUGGGACAGUGCUUCAGCUACAGUGUCCCCAACACCUUCCCACAGUCCACAGAGUCCCUGGUGCACUGUGACUCCUGUAUGCCGUCCCAGUCCAUGUGGGAAAUUGUGACCCUGGAGUGCCCUGGCCAUGAGGAAGUGCCUCGAGUGGACAAGCUGGUGGAGAAGAUUCUGCGCUGCAGCUGCCAGGCGUGUGGCAAGGAGCCCAGCCACGAGGGCCUGAGUGUCUACGUGCAGGGCGAGGAUGGGCCGGGCACCCAGCCUGGCGCGCACCCCCACACCCACCCUCAUGCUCACCGUCACCCUCACUCCCACCCUCACCCCCAUUCUGGUGGGCAGAUCUCUGAGCCCGAGGACCCCCCAGGGGUCCCCCACACGGAAGAGGACGGGGCUGAGGACUGA